UUAGAGUAAGUACGGCUGUGCAGGUGAUUGACGGCUCAGUAGCCAAGAAGAAAUAAACCCUGCCACUAAGGCGGGUCCAGACGCCGUAUGAGCCAAUGGGUUGUCGAGCGGGGUGUAACUUCGAGUCCCGUGAGGAUACAUCGUGAAUUACAAAGAAACAAAAGCAACGGAGGCAACGAGUGCGCGGUGAGACAAAGAGGUGAAUUCCGCAGCAGAUACGCGUGUAGCGGCCAGUGAGUAACCACUUGUUCUCAAACCAUUGCCAGCUAUGAAUAAGGACAGAGUAUUUCGGAAGCUCUUCGUGGGUGGGUUACCUUACCAUAGCAACGAAAUAUCACUCAGACGAUAUUUUCAGCGAUUCGGAGAAAUUGAAGAAGCGGCGGUGAUAACGGACAGGUUGACCGGACGAUCUCGAGGUUAUGGUUUUGUCACCAUGGCAGACUGGGUUGCAGCAGAUAGGGCAUGUAAAGAUCCUAAUCCUAUCAUUGAUGGAAGAAAAACUAAUGUGAACCUUGCCUUUCUUGGGGCCAAACCCCGCAUGGUACAUUCAGGAGGUCUGGCCCUGCAGCAAGUGCAUUCACCUCUAAUGCAGAGACCAUACGGUGUUGCACCAUACCUGAUCCCACAGACCAUCCUUCAACCUGGCCUGGUCCUGCCCUCCACCUCGUACCUGGAUUCCAAUGUUGCAUUGUAUACACAAUAUCCUACCUAUGAACAUUACUACCCAGCUUCCCCUCAGUACCCCAGUCUUGGCUAUGCCUACACAAUGCAGCUUCCAUUUCAGACUGGAAUUCCAAACUUGAGCCAAUGCCAGCAUGAGCCAACGACAUUACACACAGCUGGACUUCCGAGACGAUAGCCAAUAUUAACAAAAGCAGGCACAAGGCUGCGAUCUUGAAUGCUGACUCGAAGGAAAUUCUCAGACCGCUGAGUUUGUCAACUAUACCAUUUGGAGCUACUACCAUUGUAUUCAUACUAAGAAUACCUUUUUUAAUUUUACAGUAAAAUAUGAACCAAAAUAGAGGAAAAUGCAAAUUCUGGCAUUGUACCUCCUAAGUAAUUAUAUUUUUUUUCUGCUCCCCAUUUCUCCUUUCAAGGUUCCUGAAGGUGUUAAUGCUUGAGUAUUUCUGAUUUUUAACUUUCCCUCCCACCUUGAAGGGAAAAUCAGUAUGCAAGUAUUUUGUAUUUUGAAAUGUGAAUUUAUUAUUAAACUGAUGCCCAUUUCUUGAGUGAAAGUGGGGAUGGAUUGAGGCUGACCAGCCACUACAAGGUUAGGGUUAGCUAAAGCCAGCUCAACACUUCUCUCAACUGAAUUGGUUGCUGACAACUGGGAAGAUAUAAUUUCUACUGUAUCUAGCUAUAAUCUAGAACACUUGAGGAAACCUUAAAUGCUUACAUAAAGAUCAGGACUUCGAGAAGGAAUUGUUGCAUUGCAAUUCCAUGCUCAGCUCAGGAUUUUUUUUUAAUAUAAAUGUAACUUUAUACUUUUGAUUCUAUACAGGAGUCAUACAUUUGGGGAUUCUUUUUGCUUGAAUCAGCUAUGCAUCUAUUCAGACCACCUGUACCUUGUGGGGGCGGGGGGGAACACUGCUGAAGUAACUUAUGAAAUUGUGUAAUCAGUUCAUAGCGUUUAUUGUGAGUACUCAUACUUGCAAGUACUUACACUAUGAAUCGUAGAAAUUAACCUAUUUGAAUGCUGGUGUUCCUUUUCUCUGUAAACAUUAAAUUAAAUGACUAUUUAUAAACAAUAAUUGUCAUUUUCAUAUUUGAUGUGAAGGAUGUGCAAAAUGUAUAUACUUUUAUUGUUUGAACUUUAGUUACUAAUUUAAAUGCAUGACAAUUAAGAAAUUUUGUUUUACACCUAAUGAGGGAAAUUUAGAACUCGCUGUGGUGCAAACACCACUUGUAUCAGUGCUUUCUGUUUGCAUCUGAAAGUGAGCUGGUUUUCAGUUUUUGAACGAAUUGCAUGGAAGAGGUCAAGAAAACAAUGCCUACAGGCAGUUGGUAAAAAAACAAACAUUUGUCCUUGUAUUAUGUGUCAUUGUGCUGUUUUGCAAUGAGGUCUCUGACAAUUGUAUCAAGCAAUAUGUAUGCCAAAGGUAAAACAAAGUUUUUGUAUCUCUCAUUGGCAAGUAUGUUUUAAGUGCAUUCUUCUGAUAGUUCAAUCUGAAUUAGCUGAUCCUAGCUAAUCCUCACUCAAUGAAAUGCCUUCCCCAGGAUUCACACAUUUCCAGCCUUUUUAGGUGGAAUUCUGGAGUGGAUGGAGUUGAGAGACCAUACCUGGGAAAUAGUAAACACAUGCUGCCUCUCUCUGAUUUUGAUCUGUGUGCCUGCUUUUUAAUUAUUCCCACUGCCAAGGGGAUUCUUGGUCCCCACAUAUGAAAAUCUGC